AUGAUAAGAAAAAGAAUGCUUAACUUAUAUUUUCUAUUAAUAACGGUAUUAGUAGCGCUAGAAAAAUAUACGCCCGUUGAUUACCAAAAUACGUGCAUGAUUAGCAGGAGCUGUCGAAAAAACUCAUGCGGAAAUAUCUCUCGCGUGCUAAGUGGAAUUCAUGUAAACAGAACGAGUACUAGGGCAAGGGCUUUGUUGAGCCUAUCCUCACUGAUUUACCAUCUGCAGUUACCAAAACUCGUCAGCCUUGACUUGUUUCGAAGGGAUCUGUUCACAGGUGUCAAUCAGAAAGGGAGGAGGAAUCCUGUACCCUCGUACAUCAUCCAAAAUAGAUUGAUGAGUGAGAAUAUCGAUAAGGGCAACACCAAUAUGAGCGCACAAGGAAAUCAGGAUAAGAAGAGACCCGGAACUGUGGAUGCAUCUGAUGCUAACAACCAAGGUGCUAGUGGAACAUGUACACAAGCUAAGCGCGUCAAGGGAAUUGACCAGAACGAACAAUCAUCCAACGUAUCGGGCUCUACCAACGCUGCAUUUACAAGUGGAGUGAAUACCAUCAUGGGAGAUGACAAUAACAAUAAUGGAAGCGGAAACGAUGGAAAAAAUGAACCCAAAAUACACUACAGAACUGAUUACAAACCAAGUGGUUUUGUCAUCGACAAUGUGACUCUCAACAUCAACAUCUUUGACAAUGAAACAUCUGUGAGGUCCAAUUUGGAUAUGAAACUUAGCGAACACUACAAAGGAGAAGAUCUUGUGUUCGAUGGUGUCAGCUUAGAAAUUAAAGAAAUAUCCAUUGACAAUAAUAAAUUGGUACAAGGAGAACACUACAAAUAUGACAAUGAAUUUUUGACCAUUUAUUCAAAGUAUAUUCCAAAGGGAAAAUUCACUUUUGCAUCUGAAGUUAUCAUCCAUCCCGAAACGAAUUAUGCUUUGACCGGUUUGUACAAAUCGAAAAAUAUUAUUGUGUCUCAAUGUGAAGCUACUGGAUUCAGAAGAAUCACCUUCUUCAUUGACAGACCAGACAUGAUGGCCAAGUACGAUGUAACAGUUACCGCAGAUAAGCAGAAGUAUCCCGUACUUUUAAGCAAUGGUGAUAAAUUAAAUGAAUUUGACAUCCCAGGUGGAAGACAUGGAGCCAGAUUUAACGAUCCACACUUAAAACCAUGUUACCUAUUUGCUGUUGUUGCUGGAGAUUUAAAACACUUGAGUGAUAAAUAUGUCACCAAAUUCUCCAAAAGAAAUGUAGAAUUGUAUGUAUUCAGUGAAGAGAAAUAUGUUUCCAAAUUGAAAUGGGCUUUAGAGUGCCUAAAGAAAGCUAUGAAAUUUGAUGAAGAUUAUUUUGGACUAGAAUAUGACUUAUCCCGACUCAAUCUCGUAGCUGUCUCUGACUUCAAUGUAGGUGCCAUGGAAAACAAGGGACUCAACAUCUUCAACGCAAACUCGUUAUUAGCAUCUAAAAAGAAGUCCAUAGAUUUUUCCUUCGAAAGAAUUCUAACCGUUGUUGGCCACGAGUAUUUCCACAACUACACUGGAAACAGAGUUACUCUCAGAGAUUGGUUUCAACUGACUCUUAAGGAAGGAUUGACUGUGCACAGGGAAAACUUAUUCUCAGAACAGACUACCAAAACUGCCACCUUCCGUUUAGAUCACGUAGAUUUAUUAAGAAGUGUUCAAUUUUUGGAAGACUCCUCCCCAUUGGCACACCCCAUUAGACCAGAAUCAUAUGUCAGCAUGGAAAACUUCUACACAACCACCGUAUAUGAUAAAGGAAGUGAAGUCAUGAGAAUGUACCAAACUAUUUUAGGAGAUGAGUAUUACAAAAAAGGUAUGGACAUAUACAUUAAGAAGAAUGACGGAGGUACAGCAACUUGUGAAGAUUUCAACAGUGCUAUGAAUGAAGCCUACAAACUCAAAAAAGGAGACAGAUCAGCCAACUUAGAUCAGUACAUGCUAUGGUUCUCACAAAGUGGAACUCCACACGUAACUGCAGAAUAUUCCUACGAUGCGGGUAAGAAAGAAUUCGUAAUUGAAGUUACACAAGUUACCCAACCCGAUCCAAACCAAAAGGAAAAGAAGGCUCUCUUUAUUCCGAUAAGAGUUGGUUUCAUUAAUCCACACAAUGGACAAGACGUCAUUCCAGAAGUAACUCUAGAAUUUAAAAAAGAAAAGGAGAAAUUUAUCUUUAACAAUGUUAAUGAGAAACCAAUCCCAUCCUUAUUCAGAGGAUUUAGUGCACCUGUAUACAUUAAGGACAACUUAACUGACGCAGAAAGAAUCCUACUGCUCAAGUAUGACUCAGAUGCAUUUGUACGAUAUAAUGUAUGUGUAGAUCUUUACAUGAAACAAAUUAUAAAGAAUUAUGAAGAAUUGUUACAAGCAAAAGCACAAAGCAAACAUGAAGGUGCUGCAAAACCAAAAUUAACUCCCGUAAAUGAAGACUUCAUUAAUGCCAUAGAGUACCUGAUGAAAGAUCCUCAUGCUGAUGCUGGUUUCAAAUCAUACAUUGUAACCUUACCAAAAGACAGAUUUAUUAUAAAUUACAUUAAAAAUGUAGAUACAGAUGUCUUGGCUGAUACGAAAGAUUUUAUUUACAAACAAUUGGGUGACAAAUUGAACGAUUUAUACUUCCAAAUAUUCAAAUCUAUUCAGGCCAAAGCUGACGACAUGACACACUUUGAAGACGAAUCUUACGUCGAUUUUGAACAACUGAAUAUGAGAAAAUUAAGAAACACCUUAUUGGCUUUAUUAAGUAGAGCUAAGUACCCAAAUAUGUUAGAACAAAUUAUGGAACACUCUAAAUCACCUUAUCCUUCCAAUUGGCUAGCCAGCUUAGCUGUAUCAGCAUACUAUGACGAAUAUUUCGAUCUGUACCAAAAGACCUACAACCAAUCUAAGGAUGAUGAAUUGCUACUACAAGAAUGGUUAAAGACUGUUUCCAGAUCAGACAGAAAAGAUAUUUACGACAUUAUUAAAAAGUUAGAAAAUGAAGUACUAAAGGAUAGUAAGAAUCCAAAUGAAAUCAGAGCCGUUUACCUACCAUUCACUAAUAACUUAAGAUACUUCAAUGACAUCUCUGGUAAAGGAUACAAAAUGAUGGCUGAUAUCAUUAUGAAGGUUGACAAGUUUAAUCCUAUGGUAGCCACACAAUUGUGCGAACCCUUCAAAUUGUGGAACAAACUUGACUUGAAACGACAAGACAUGAUGCAGAAGGAAAUGAACAGAAUGCUCUCCAUGGAAAACAUCUCCAACAAUUUGAAGGAGUACUUGUUAAGACUCACCAACAAGUUGUAA